CGUUUCUGAUUUAUAGUUUGAACCGUGUUGCGUUGUAACAAGCUGCGUAUUAUUGUACGUUCGUUCGAUAAGUGGAAUAUAAUUAUAUCUUUGUUAAAUCAAUUGAAGUUUGUUUCAAUCGUUACAUCCACUGAACAAAUUAAGGUGAGCGGAUUUAUAGGAAAUGCCGAAAUCAAAAGAAUACGUGUCAAGCGACGAUGACAGCAGCGAAGAGGAAGCGAAACCAAAGAAGGUGCGAAAGAGGGAAACAGCAGAGAAGGAGGAGGAUAAGGUAUCGAAAAAGCCAAGACAGGAAUCGAACGAAGAUGAAGAUGAUACUUGGGACUUGGGUAGUAAUCGUAAAGUUACUGUAAAACACUUAAAAGGAAAAUUAUACGUCGACAUUAGAGAAAUGUACUACGAUAAGGAUGCAAAUUUGAAACCUGGAAGGAAAGGUAUUUGUUUAAACAUGUCACAAUGGCGAAAACUACUAUCCGUUCUGGAAGAUGUAGACAAAGUUGUAAAGUCUAAAUCUUGAGUACUGAUUUUCUUCUUUAUACGCAGUAUAACUAUUUCAAGGGUUUCCGAUAACUAAUACACAACUUUCCUGUUAUUUAUAAAGAAAGUAUAUGUUGCUUCUUGUGCAUAAUUUUUACUUGUAUAUUCAUUUACAUCCUUUUUGUGUGAUAUUUUUUAAUAAAGAAUUGUUUCCAUCCUACAAACGUGUCAAGGUACAGAUUAGAAGUUUGAUGCUAGCAACAAAGUGACAAGAAAGAAUAUUUAAUUACAUGAAAUGUUAAUUUUCAUUUCGACGUGUUAUUACACAUUGUCCAAGUAAC